AUGAGACUUGUGAGCGCUUUUCUUUCAGCCGCUUCGGCUCUAACUGCCGAAGAAGUCGCCGCCUUCGGCUGCAAGUCCGGUACUUUCUACCAGUUCCACAAGGUCGAGGUCGAGGGAGCUACUCAAAUGAGCAACACGGCUUCGGCGAGCAACAACUGGAACGGAUGCCACCAAAAGCAAAACGGCAAUUGCUGGAGAACGGAGCUCUCCUGUAGUAUGUCCAUGAACGAAGCAACUCCUGGCGACACUCCUCGAUACGCGAUCAACGCGGGCGGAAUUCCCGAUCACAACGCCUGGGCCCUCACUGGUGGAAACUCCUUCAUCCAGAGCCGAACUAUGCGAUUCCGAAUCCCGCGAGUUCCAGUCCUUCUUCCCUGGGCCGACAGAACCGCUGCCCCGCAAGGACCGAUCGGUUACGCAACUAACGGCGUUCCUAUCUUCGGCCCGUACAACUCAGGCUGCUGCGACGCGAUCUUCGUCGAAAUCCAAUCGAUGGACCACUGUCUCGGUCACCCGGCGAACGGCAACUACCACUAUCACUUCUUCCCACAAGCAUCGGGCAACUACGACGGAUGUAGCUACAGCUGCGAAGACGGAGGCCCGUCUGGAAUCGUCGGUGUGGCAAACGAUGGCUUCCCCAUCUAUGGCCCCGCGCAGUGGUACUCGGCUACAACUGGGAGAAUCUACGAGCAAAUGGAAAACUGCCAGGCAGCUGGCGAGUGCUCUUUGACUCACAUCAGCGAAGAACACACUGACAUUUGCGGCGGAGUGAGAGUCGGCGAUGGAGACGCCUCGGUCGGAAACGUCUACCGAUACAUCACGACCAACACCUUUCCGUACAACCUGCAGUGCUUCCGAGGAGACCUGUCGAUGUCUCAAACUCGGCAAGGAAGCUCCUGGAAUGCCUACACAGUCAACAACAGUUGCGGAGAGAACUCCGAUAACGGUGGAAGUUGUGAUAUUUUCAACCAGUCAUUCGCCGCCUCCAUUGGAUGUUCUCCUGGAAGCUGUACCGCGCAGCAAUCUGGUGCUCAAGGUGAUGUCACUGCUGUCUACAUGGAGUGCCCUGUCACUCAGCCUCCUACAACAACUUCGACCACGACCACACCUUCUACUACAACGACAACAACGACGACUACUACGACCACAACCACUACCACGACAACAACGACUACUACGACAACAACGACUACUACGACGACGACCACUACAACAACUACCACUACCACAACUACCACCACCACAACUACCACUACCACAACUACCACAACUACAACAACGACGACAACAACAACUACGACUACGACCACCACAACAAGUACGACAACAACAACGACAACUUCUACAACUACGACUACGAUUGCCACAUCGCCAACAACAACAGCAGCUCCAAUUUCUUGCUUGAAUGAGAUUCCCAGUUCAAGAGAAGCUCCAACUAAUUGCAACGCGAAGCAUGUCAACUGGAAAGGCGCGAAAGUGACUCGAACGGCUUUCCGUGGAAAAGGAUCUCGAAUUCUUCGAUUCGCCGUCAACAACAACGAGGGCGCUUUCGAUGCGGACUACACCGGAUUCCUCGGUUUUUCGCGAACUAAAUGCGGAAUCGACUUUGUCAACGCGUCUAUCGACGGUCGACUUUCUCUCUCUCUCGCGGACUACGAGGCUGACUACGAAAUCAUGUACCAGCACAAGCGAAUCAACGGAAAGCAGACGUCUUCAAUGACUCAGUUUUACCGAACAAAGGGCAGCGGCGGAGACCUCGGCAACCAAAAGAAAGAUCUCGUCUAUCUGAUGAUUCAGGGAUUGGAUCAAGUCGAUUUCGGCGACCUUGACUUGGACUUUUGCCUUGAGCGAGUCCAGGUCGGCAUCAUGCCCGCCACCAACGUCGACCACACCGCUUGUGCCGCCUGGGACAAAGACCUUGGAUGGUAA